UUUCGCUUUCUGGGAUUUUAAGAAGUCACAAGAUUUGGUAAUAGUAAGAUAGCAUUUUUGUCUUUGUUAGGGUGGUAUAAUGUCUUCAGAAAAAUUUGAAGACCUUGAGGAUGAACUUAAAAAUCUCUAUGAGGACAUAAGUUCGAAAAUAAGCAACAAAAUUCCAAGACUUACUGGAGAAUCGCGGAAGAGCGCUGUCCGGGAAGUCGAAAAGAACAUCGAAGAUGCAAACCUAAUUUUGGAAGAAAUGGAAGAGCAAGCUGGUAUAGCCCCAGUAAGCUACAGAAAUUCCAUGGUGUCCAGGAUACGCAAUUAUAGGAGAGAUUUUGAUAAACUUAGAAGAGAUUUGGGCAAGCCAAAAGGACAGGUCAAUGUGACGUUUGGAAGAGAAGAACUUUUAGAUGAAGAUCCUGUGGCUCCUCAGAAAAGCAAAGUCAGGCAAGGUACAGAUAUGCUGAACAGAGCCUCAGAAAGUAUUGCAAGAUCAACAAGGGUUGCUGUGGAGACUGAACAAAUUGGUGGAGAAAUCAUUGAUGAACUUGGAGAUCAGCGGGAAUCUCUUGUUAGAACAAGAGGCAGGCUCAAGGAUGUUGAUCAGGACUUAGGAAAAAGCAGAAGAAUUUUGAAUAGUAUGGCAAUCAGAGUUGCAACAAACAAGUUGAUCCUGUUAUGCAUCAUAAUUGUUGAAUUAGCCAUCCUUGGAGCUGUGGUGUACAUAAGAUUUUUGAAGAAAAAGAAAAAAUACUUUUUCCUUUCCUUUCCAUUAUGCUUUGCAUUCACUUUACAAUCAACAGGUCAAACAUUUUUCUAGUUCUUACAAUGUACAUAUUCAAACAGAAAAUUGUCAUUAUUGCCAAGAAAUCCACAAGGUUUUUGUCAUAUUAAUAGUUAGAGUUACAAUCCAUAUUUUGGGAAAUCAAAACUUACUUCAAUAGAUCAAAGUGAGUGCAACAUAAAUUACUAAAAGUAUGCAUCAGCCAGGUUAAUGAAACAAAACAAUUUAGUGUAGUUUUGAACUGUAAUUAUCAUUAAAUGAAUCCUUACUGUUGCAGAGGAGACUAUUGCUUGUGGUAAAGGUUUAUGUGUAGUGUACAAUUAUUGAAAAAUUGCUGAUCUGCAAAAUUACAAACAUAAUGAAUGAGCUGCACUUAAUCUCGUAUUUCCUUUCUGUAUCUUUUGAGAAGUCUCUGGAAAAAUACCAAAUAAUCUUCCUAGUGAAGGAAACCUAGAUCAAUUUUUUUUUUUUUUGGGGGGGGGGGUUUAAAAAAUGGAAAUAUGAAAAAAGGGCUUACAAGAUUAAGGAUGUAAUCGAUUGACAUGAUCUGAAAAUGAUCCACAUAAAAGAUUUUUGUAUUAGCCAUGAAUUGCCCAAAGUUUAACAAUCUCCUUUAAAAUUACUAUCAUUAAUUUUAUUCAGCUUUGAAUAGCAUGUAAUCAAUCAAAUCAUGUAGAGAUAGGCACAAAUUUAGGAAUUUCUAGGCCUAGUUGGCAAUGGAUAGAAAUAAAUUUUAAUACAAAUGUCCUUUCUUUUGUGUAUAUUGAUAAAUAAAUUAAAACAAUUCAUAUUUCUUCA